CUCUCAAACACGAUUAAAUUGUAGGUAAAAAUUUACAACCGCGUUUUCCUUCUAAAAGCGCGUGGGCUUCCGUAGCGCCUCCGCGUUAACCGAGCGGCGCAGCGGUUCGUGUGUAACGUCACGCGGCUUUCUGAUCGGAACCAUGAGUCGGAGUUACAACGAUGAGCUGCAGUACCUGGACAAGAUCGGCACCAACUGCUGGAAGAUCAAGAAGGGUUUUGUUCCCAAUAUGCAGGUCGAAGGGAACUUCUACGUGAACGACGCUCUGGAGAAGCUGAUCUUUGAGGAGCUCCGUAACGCCUGUCGAGGAGGAGGUUUCGGCGGGUUCCUUCCCGCCAUGAAGCAGAUCGGGAACGUGGCGGCGCUGCCGGGGAUCGUGCACAGGUCCAUCGGGCUGCCGGACGUCCACUCCGGGUACGGCUUCGCCAUCGGAAACAUGGCGGCCUUCGACAUGAGCGACCCGGACGCCGUGGUGUCUCCAGGGGGCGUCGGCUUCGACAUAAACUGCGGCGUGCGGCUGCUGAGGACCAACCUGGAGGAGGGCGACGUGCAGCCGGUGAAGGAGCAGCUGGCCCAGGCGCUGUUCGACCACAUCCCGGUGGGCGUCGGCUCCAAGGGGGUCAUCCCCAUGGGGGCCAAGGACCUGGAGGAGGCCCUGGAGAUGGGGGUGGACUGGUCUCUGAGGGAGGGGUACGCCUGGGCCGAGGACAAGGAGCACUGUGAGGAGUACGGCCGGAUGCUGCAGGCCGACCCCAACAAGGUGUCCUCCAAGGCCAAGAAGAGAGGCCUGCCGCAGCUGGGGACCUUGGGGGCCGGAAACCACUACGCUGAGAUCCAGGUGGUGGACGAGAUCUACAACGACUACGCCGCCAAGAAGAUGGGCAUCGACCACAAGGGGCAGGUGUGCGUGAUGAUCCACAGCGGCAGCCGGGGGCUCGGCCACCAGGUGGCCACAGACGCUCUGGUUGCCAUGGAGAAGGCGAUGAAGAGGGAUCAGAUCACAGUGAACGACCGGCAGCUGGCCUGCGCUCGCAUCACGUCUCCGGAGGGACAGGACUACCUGAAGGGCAUGGCGGCCGCCGGCAACUACGCGUGGGUCAACCGCUCGUCCAUGACCUUCCUCACCAGACAGGCCUUCUCCAAAGUGUUCGCCACCACCCCCGACGACCUGGACAUGCACGUCAUCUACGACGUGUCCCACAACAUCGCCAAGGUGGAGGAGCACAUGGUGGACGGGAGGCAGAAGACGCUGCUGAUCCACCGCAAGGGCUCCACCCGGGCCUUCCCCCCCCACCACCCGCUCAUCCCCGUGGACUACCAGCUCACGGGUCAGCCGGUGCUGAUCGGAGGGACGAUGGGGACCUGCAGCUACGUCCUGACCGGGACGGAGCAAGGCAUGACGGAGACGUUCGGCACCACCUGUCACGGAGCGGGCCGCGCUUUGUCCCGGGCAAAGUCCCGCAGGAACCUGGACUUCCAGGACGUCCUGGACAAGCUGGCCGACCAGGGCAUCGCCAUCCGGGUGGCUUCGCCCAAACUGGUGAUGGAGGAGGCUCCGGAGUCGUACAAGAACGUGACGGACGUGGUGAACACGUGUCACGACGCCGGCAUCAGCAGGAAGGCCAUCAAGCUGCGACCAAUCGCUGUGAUCAAAGGCUGAAGCUCCUCCCCUUCCUGUGGGGCCAAAGACGUUUUCAUCCGAAAGAUGAACAGUUUUCCUUUUUUUUUUAUGGGUUAAACGGAUGUCAAUUAACUGGACACUUCCUGUUUUUUCAAAAUAAGAGGAAUUUGAUUAAAUGUUUCAAAGUUAUUGAAGCUAUUUUUGAAAUAAAUCAAAUGUUUUUUUUCCUAUUAUUUUUGAAUAAAUGAAAACCUACCUGCU